AUGAUAUUCUCACUCCGGUUGUUUAUGGAAAAGUGCUUAGAAUACCAACUGCCAGCACUUGCUGUAUUUGUAGAUUUCAAGGCUGCCUUUGACAGUGUUCAUAGACCCUCCAUGUGGCAUAUCUUACAGGAAUAUGGAGUACCACACACGUACAUUCGGCUAAUCCAAUGUGUGUACAGGGAAUGCCAGGCAUCGGUUAUUGUAUAUGGUCAGCAAACAGACUGGUUCAAGAUUGAGACAAGAGUAAGACAUGAAUGUGUGUGGUCAGCCCUGCUCUUUGGUGUUCUCAUUGACUUUGUCCUCCGAAAACCAUGUGAUAACAAGCAGGCAGGCAUUCUGCAUGAGACGGCUCACACAAACACUCAGAGGAAUCCAACCUAG